AUGAAAAUGGUUGGAAUCGGCAACCUGCGGCGAGUUCACCCCACCUUGACGGAGCCUCGUCUUCUCUUCCUCAUCAUGGAUCGCUCCAUAUGGGCUUGUUUCACUCUCCAAACCACUUCUGCUGUUGAGAAGAUGCCCACUUGUUCUGCUCCAUAUUCCCAUUUACCUCGUCGAUACCGAUUUCUCAUCCUCUUCAGUAUUGUGAUCGCUUCUUUCCAUGUGCUUUCCUGGGAUUUCUGGACGCUUUUCAACGCCAUGAGUAACCGACAAAACCGCCUUCCCCCCCUUACCCUCGACGGUACUACCUACGAGGGCGGCGGGGGCUUGAUUCGUUAUGCUAUCGCCUACUCCAGCCUGCUCAACCGUCCGGUCACCAUUCACUCUAUCAGGGCAAACAGACCUGGCAUUGGCGGGCUUCGUCCGGAGCAUACCGUCGCCAUUGCAACUUUGGCCGAGCUGGCAUCGGCCGAGGUGACGGGAAAUCUCCCGGCCAGUCGCCAGAUGACUUUCAACCCCCACGCCGAUUCCGCAGUUUCCGCCAAGCAUUUACCUCUCGAGAUGGACAUCACAGUUGAGGGAUCCGCCUCUAUCUUUCUCAUCGCCAUGCUUCCCUAUCUCCUUUUUGGACAUAUCGCUGCCCAUUCCAAUGGCUUCGCGUCCCGCCUCAACAAUAACGAUGGCCUCCGACUGACCAUCCGGGCGGGUACGCUAUGUGUGAAAGCACCGUCCUUUCCAUACCUUCAACAAGUCCUACUACCCACCUUAGGACUUAUCGGCAUCGGCAGCGAAAACCUGAAGCUAGAGCCUGAACAGGAACAGGGAUGGCAUACAGAAAACAAGAAAUACCCGGGCAAGAUGGUUGCUUGGAUUAAACCAUUGUCAAAACCUCUUCCCGCCUUCAUCCUGGAACGUCGCGGCAAGCUACAGAGCAUUCGGGUGACCGCCCAUGUUCCCAGGCAUGCAAUGAAGCGGUUCGAGGAGAUCCUACACUCUGAAGUGGCGGACACCUUCAAGACUAGGACUGAAAAGUUCAGCCUGGCAGUUGAAGUGUUCGCUUCAGAUCCUGAGGACCAGUUCCAUCUACUGAUAUCGGCAGCAACUGAGGCACCCAAGGCCUAUCUUGGGUAUGAGCAAGUCUUUCCCCAAAGCGAUGUGUUCCCAAGAGAGAUCGAAGGUGAUGUCGACAAGAUAGCAGUCUUGCUGGUUCGGUCCUGCAUUCACGGAAUAUGGGCGGAAUUGCGACGGGGAAAUGCCGUAGAUGAACACGCUGAAGACAUUCUGGUCUUCUAUCAAAGCGUGGCUUCUGGAUUCUCGUCCAUUAUCGCCCCAGACAACGAGGUUUCUGUUCCAGAAAUUAACCUGGAAACUUCCGCCAUCAGUGAGUGGCCCUUUCAAUGA